AUGAAAUCAAACAAUCUACGGGUUGACCAGAAACAGAGGAAAUUAACUCAGUUAGCAUCAACACACAACCAAUAUCAACCAUUUUCUUCUUAUUAUCUUUGGUAUCUAAUAGACAGAUUUCAUUUUAUCAUUGAUGAUAUUCAAUCAAUUUUAACAUUUACGAAAAACACUUGUUUUAAUGAAUUUGCGAACAAAUUUAUGAACGAAAGACAAAAGGCUGAAUUAGAAGGAAAUAAAGGAAAAAGUUUAUUUUGCAAGAUUUCACUUAAUGGAUCAUAUGGUUACGAUGCAAUGAAUAGACAAAAUUACGCAAAGACUAAAAUAAUGAAUGCACAGAAGGCACGCGUUGCAUGUAUGCCAAAUAAGUUUAAAAACAUAAGAGAAAUAGGUGAGGAUACAUAUCAAGUGAUGCUUAAAGAUAGAUUUUAUAGAUGUGAUACAUGUUUACAAGAGGCAUUCUUCACUUUAGAUAACGCAAAAUACUGGUAUUUAGUUUUCAUUUAUGAUUUUAUGUAUAAAUGCAUGAAUGUUAAUCGUUUUCAUUUCAUUGAAGGUGAUACUGAUUCAUCUUAUUGGGCAAUCGCUGGCGAUCCAAGUCUUCCUAACACUCAAGCAUUUCAAGCAAUUGUUACCGAUAAACAAUUUUAUGAUAAAAACAUUUUCAAAUUCGCACCAUUUGAUUUCUUCUGUUUUGAUGAGAAAUUUAAACCUAAAUUAAAGAAUAAAGCUGAAGAAAAAGCACAUGAGAAGAAGUUAUUGGGUUUAGCAAUUGAGAAACAAGGUGAUAACAUGGUUGCUUUAUGCCCCAAGUGUUAUACAUCAUUUAACGGUUCAAUUGAUGGAAGUGAUUUUAAAAAGAUUGCACAAAAAAUGAAAG